AUGGACAGUUCGAGUAUAAGUCGAUGGUUUGAGUAUGAAUCGGGUCAUGCGUGGUGUGAAAGUGCCUACAAAUAUCAGACGUUACCGUAUGUUGCAGAGUUCGCAAACACAUGCACGAAUCUCCCAAUUAUCGUUCUCCCACUUGUCAAUAUUAUGCUCCUCCGAAGAUACCUCCAUGACGUAAACGGCGGUCUCGUAUUCCCACAACUCCUGUUAACAUUUAAUGGAUUAGCAUCCACCUAUUAUCAUGCCACACUCAACUUGUUCGGUCAACUGGUUGAUGAGCUUUCGUUGGUGUGGAUCAUCACAGUUUUCCUUGUAGUCUAUAUUCCGGUUAUGAAGUGGUUCCCAGAACGAUUCUCGAAACGAUUAACUGUGGUCCGAUGGGUGGUCCUGAUUGUAACUGCCGUUGUUUCUGCUCUCUGCUUCUUGGAACCAAAUCUUAAUGCAAUCGCUCUGAUGCUCUUUUCCAUUCCCGCAGCAGUUGUUAUCAGAUACGAAGGAAAACAGUCUGGAAUCCCAGACAUUGAGAACUUCCCGAGCAGAAUUCUUGCUCUCUGGGGAGUCGCAUUUUCCUUCUGGUUUGCUGAUCGUCUUCUCUGUGACUUCUGGCUUUAUCUUGGUACCCCAUAUCUCCAUGCCUUGUUCCAUUUGCUCGCCGGUCUUGCCGGAUACACAAUUUUCAUCAUGUUCUCAAUGAUUGAUAUUGAAAGUCGAUCGAAAACUCAUAGAUACACUGCUGCCGUUCGUUAUUUCCCGGAUAAGAAUGGAUCGAUCUUCUCAUUCCCAUACAUUUCUCUCAAAGAGCGUUCUCAGUAA